AUGGAUUCUGACGAUUUUGACAGGGGCCUCGUCGCGGACUCCUCUCUGGAUCCGCCUACCCACGGCGGCAAUGGCGAAGGCCCCGGUCCCCAAAUGCCAGGCCCGGUCCUCCUCGAGAUCACGACCCACAUCGAGGAGCGCGGGAACGCCACCACCGCCUACUCCAGGACGAGGGACGGCCACAUCAUACAGGUCACCUACUGGCCCGCCCACCCGCCGGUCGUCUCCUAUUUCUCUGUCUGCUGCCCUGAUCUGGAGCCCGCCGACUUCCCCAGGGAGCCCGUCGUCAUGGCCAUGGAGGACGACCUCGUCCUCCUCCGCGUAGUCCUGGGUCCUCGAUCCGCAAUCUUGGAGCCCGACAGGUUUGAUUACUUCGUCUACCAGGCCGGCCAGCCGCCGUCGCUCCGUCUGAUCGAGCACCCCGGCCCCUCCCGCCUAUUUGGUGACUACCAUGCUGGCUUCCUGCGUUGCCAAAGUGUCGAUGGUGACGGUGACUUCUACAUUAUCGCUGCGCUCUGUUACGCAAUGGUACCCGGACAUUAUGAUCUCCACACUUUCGACUCCAGGACUCAAGUUUGGGACACCAAGACGGCAUUGCUGCCUGAACAGCAACAACGGGGCGAACAUUCUUCACAUGUGAACAGCAAGGGUAUCCUCUUCUGCGAUGUCCUCCGCGACAAGCCUAUGCUCCGCUAUGUAACAUUGCCGGCACCACUCGAUCCUGACAGGAAGUUGCAGGGCUGCCCGAGGACAGCCCGGGACAUCGCCGUCAUCAAAGGUCGCAUCAAAAUUUGA